AUGCCCGCCGCUAUGACCAAGCCCGUGUCAUGUUGUACGCCCAGCAGCGUCGCCAGAUCGUCGCCCAACGACCUGCUCGAUCAGUACGUCUCCAUCGACGGACUGCCCACUCCCAACGGUGACGAGCACCAAUCGCCGUCCACUUGUCUGCCGCCUGAGAGCGAGUAUUCUCGCAUCAGCAAUAUCCUUGGCGAAUCGUUCACGUCCUCCCUCGAUAUGAAAUUCAUGGAAGCAUGCACGACCAUGCGGACCGAAACGGACCCAGACAAACGUCUCCGCGUCCUUUUCGACCUCUUUGACGUCGAUCAGAACCAGCGGUUGACCCCCGCGGGACUCCAGGCGUUCCUUGCGGCUACCAUGGCCCAUCACAAUGUCACUUUGAGUGGCGUCGAGUUGCAGGACAUUGUCCACCAAGCCUUCCGAGCCGUGUAUCCGAACGAAAAGGAUAUCCACCCCCGCGAAUCGCUACAUUUCGACGAGUUCAAAGUGCUUUUCGGGGACGCUCUGUCGACCGAACGGCCAAGUAGACAGGCCCGCCAGCUCUCGAUAGGGGCUUCACGGUGCUCAGUUGUCCACAAAAAGCGAUCAUUUCGAGACACACUCCGAUCUGGCGCCGUGCAGUACCAAGCCGAGCUCUACUUUCUCGCGCUAUACUUUUCAGUGAAUGGCCUUGCGUUCGGGCUGAAAUGGGCGAGUUUUCCGUACGAUAUCGUCGCGGGACACAUGGCCCAACUCGCAAAGUCGUGCGCCCAACUCGUGCUUGUGAACGCCAUGUUUGUGUUGCUGCCCAUGAGUCGGUCCAUUGUCGGGUACCUCCGCACGUUCCGACUGCUUUGGCACAUCUUGCCAUUUGACCGCCACAUCUCGUUCCAUCAACUUGCCGGAUCGGUCAUGUUGAUCGCUGGCACUGUACACACUGUGGCGUGGCUGAUCAUCUGCGUGCGCGCCAAAUCCGCCACCAACCAAGACUGGCAGAAGUCGAUACUCAACACUCACAAGAUCAAGCUGCUGCGGUAUGCCGACUGGCUCGACAUCUUUGCGGCGUUGCCCAUGUGGACGGGCGUGGCUAUGCUCGGAUGUGCCGCCGUGGCCGUGCCGUGCACGUUAGCGUGUGUCCGCAGGCACAACUUCCAGCUGUUUUGGCUCACGCACAUCCUCUUCCUUCCGUUCCUUGUGCUUCUAUUCGUGCACGGCGCCGCAGCGUGGAUAGCCCCUCCCCAAGCAUGGUUCUGGGUGGCGGGACCGCUGAUCGUGUACGUGCUCGAGCGCCGCUUCCGCCUCACGUCUGUCUUUGGAGAACAAACCGACCUAAAAAAAGUCCAAGUUACGUCGAACGCGAUGGUGCUGUACUUGAAAAAGCCCCGCGGAUACACCUUUCAGCCUGGCAUGUACUUGUAUCUAAAGGUACCCGAGCUGUCAACUUUCGAAUGGCAUCCGUUCACGAUCUCGUCGGCGCCGGAAGACGAGGUGCUGACUUUGCACAUCCGCGUGGCCGGCGACUGGACGUCGGCGCUACACAACCGCCUCAAACAGCACGCCAUCCCCCUGCCGUCCGUCGCCAUUGACGGGCCGGUGGGGGCGCCCUCAAUGGAGUAUGCCAACUACUCGACGGUAGUGCUGAUCGGUGGGGGCAUCGGUGUGACGCCGUUCGCGUCCAUCCUCAAGCACUUGCUGCAUGUGUGGGAGCAGCAUCGGUGCCCCAUCUGUGGGUCCGUGCAGCUCCCUCGCCGCGUCAAGUUGCGCAAAGUGUACUUUUAUUGGAUCACCAAAGAGCAACAUCACAUGGAGUGGUUCCGAGAUAUGUUGAACCAGCUGUAUGAUCUCGACUCGGACCGACGAUUAGUCAGCCAAACGUACCUGACGAACGUGGUCGACACUGCGAAAAGCGAACCCCUCAAGCUGAUUCAGACGUUCAUGCGAGCCAGACAAGACCGCGAUAUCUUCACCGGCCUCCAAGGCUCGAAAAUGAACAUGGGGCGACCCAACUGGGCGGUCGAAUUGAAGAACAUCGCAGGGGCAGUAUGUGCGAACACGCGAGGAAUGGACGAGGCGGAAGAGGUGGGGGUGUUUCUGUGUGGCCCGCCAGGCCUGGAUCGAGAUGUCAAUGCGAAUGUUGACAAGUUCAAUGCCAACUGCCGCCGCAGAUCUGGCGGCGUGCGCUUUAGCUAUCACUCGGAGAAAUUUUAGACUCGAGACUUGGUUGUUUUUAAUACUAACGUUAUUGUCGAUUUGAUACAAAUUUUGGGUAUAUAGAACGUCCAUUUUGCACGCCAUUCUUCAACCAGCAUUCGACGAGCCAUGACCACAGACGACAGUCCAGCCUGGAGCACGCGAUCGUCGCAGACGUCCCAACCGACACACUCGCAAGGCGACCACGGAUACUUUGCGCGAGUAGCACCCGGUUGCAUCGUCGGACUUGGUGAUCCAGUUUGAAAUGGUUUGCUCGCACUUUUCGUACACAGCAGCAAGCUGUCGAC